CUCCUUUUGGAGGCUACUUUUUCAAACCAUCCUGCAAAGCUGCUCUGCAAGAUUAAAGCCAGUUACAAGAGAUGAAACCACUGGAAGAAAAGGUCGUCUUGAACAUUGGGGGCCUCCGAUAUGAGACCUAUGCCAGCACCCUCCAGGCUUUCCCUGGAACCAAGCUAUGCCACCUGACGGAGCCCCAGGCAGCCACCACCUUUGACUACGACCCAGACACCAAGGAGUUCUUCUUUGACAGAAGUCCCUGCCUCUUUGAGGAGGUGCUCAACUACUACAGGACCAAAGAGCUUCACUGCCCUGACUUGACCUGCAAGUCGGUCCUGGACGAGGAACUGGCCUUCUGGGGGCUCAGCAAUACCCCCCUGUCACCCUGCUGCUGGCAGAAAUUGACCAUCACUGAGGGACAAAGGGAAGAGUACGGUAUCUGGGAGGAAGAUCAAGAUGUUGCUGGGCUCCUGGACCAGGCAGAGAGGAACCAGCGCACGUGGAGGGGCCGAUGGCAGACCAGAAUCUGGACUGUGUUUGAAAAGCCGUUCUCCAGUUUAAGCGCAAAGGGCCUGGCUGUAGUGUCUCUGCUCUUCAAUAUAGGGAUAUGCAUCCUUUUUAUUGCCAAAGCUUACGAACAAACUUCUCUUCUUUACAUCACAGAAAACAAAAGCAAUUUUACUGCCUUUCAUGCUGAAGUUGACUCUUUUUACAUACAUUUGCCUUAUCUCCUUUACUUGGAACUUUUCUGCGUCCUCUGGUUCGUGCUUGAAUUUUUUCUGCGACUCAUAUCCUGCCCAAAUAAGAAGAAAUUCUUCCAAAGCCCACUGAACGUGGCCGAUUUCCUUUCCCUCUUCCCCAUUUUCAUUGAAGUAAACAAUCAGCAUUUUUUACCCUGGUUGGACUUUUUCCGUGCCCUGUAUUUCUUCAAACUCUUGAAGGUUCUCAAGCUGGUGGAGACCCCUGUGAUGCUGAGAGUGCUCUCCUAUACUUUCAGGGCCAUCAUCAGAGAGAUCUUCCUCCUCCUCCUGAUUUUUGUCUUUGAAAUCCUUUUCUUUGGUUCUCUCUGUUAUUUUGGAGACUUAGUUGAAGAUAAUCCAGAAACAUAUUUUAGUGACAUUGGUUCAUCUUUCUGGUGGGCAGUGAUCACCUUGACUACUGUAGGUUAUGGAGAUGUUUUUCCCGUCUCUACAGUUAGUAAACUGAUUGGAGCCUGCACAGCAUUAUGUGGUGUACUAACCAUUAUCACCCCAAUUCCCUUCUUUUUUAUCAAAUUCAAGGGUUAUUAUGAUGCUGCCAUGAUCAAAGAGAAGAGAAAGAGUAAAAAGAAACAAGUACUCACCUUGCCAUCAUGAUGAAUGGGCAGGAUGCUUCCAAUGUUUCAUCAGAAAAGGACAACAGCCUUCCUACGUCUGCUCAUUCCAUAUUGCACUUUAUGUCUUCUCCUGCAACGUGUGUCUUUCUAUCUGAAUGGUUAAUGUUUUUAUAGAGCCACUCUCCAUCUGCCUACAUUCCCGGAAGUUCACCGCAGUGUACAUGACCAUCCUCAUGAAAGUCUUAUCUUUAAAACAUUUCAAAGUGACUUUGUAAGGUUUCUUGCUUUCAGCAUAGCUGGCAGGUAGCAGUCUCACUCCCACUAUGGGCACUCAUAGCCCAGCUUACCGAUUUGGAGCCUAUCAAAAGUGUUCAAUCACGGCUCCUUCCUCUCUAGCAAGCGUACCUAUGGGCUGAGGACGAAUGGAAAGUGAAGUCAUGCGGCAGACACCCGUAUAGGGAAGGCUGACAUGGGUUUAGCCGCAACCGACAGAGUACUCUCCAGGCGAUAGGGCAUAUAUUAUGUGUCUGUGAGUUUGUGUUCGAGACAAAGGUUUUAAGCAUUGCAUUAUUGGUUCUUUUGGAUUCCUCCUAAUGCACCAAUAAAUUCACCUAGGCUUUUCAUACACCUCUUCUACAGCUUGCUUUAGGUUUGUCUUUGCUUGUUUUUUGCAAAUUAGAGGACCAUCAAUAAUGUUUGAAGAAUGUUGUAUCUUCUUUCGAAGCAAGAAAAUCUUAUCAAUAUUAUACAUUACACUUACAUUAAUCGGCAUUCUUGAACAUCUUUUUAAAAAACUCUGGGAACCUCUGGGAAUCUCUUUGGAGCACUUCGUGGCAGAGAAUUCCCAUUUCAGCAGGUUACCAAAAAUUGCCCAUGCAGUUGCCGGGGGCGGUAUAACAGGGUGUCUGCAGGGAGGUGAAAAAAGUCAAGACGGUGUCCACAGCCAUGAGACCAUCACGACAUGUAAAAAAGGAUGAGGCUUUAAUGACAUGGUUGUGGUUGCUAUGCUGACUUUUUUGACACACACACACACACCCCACCAGUGUGGACAAACCUGUAGUGUACUAAAAUACAAAUACUAGAAUUAUACUAUAGCAACGGAAACCUUUCUAGAUAGCUUGCAAACAUACUGAUAAAGUCCAAUUAAGCAAUCCUUUGAGACAAUUUUUUAAUGAAGAAAUUGGGAUAAUUAUUCAGCGACCUUCACAAUGGAUAGCCUGCUGAUCAUUUAUUGUCCUUAAGCCAUAUUAACAGUUCCUACUGUUUCAUUCCACAUUUUCUAUGUAAUUUUCAGUUUUUAGUUUUUGUAAUUUGUCUCUUUAGUAAAAAAAAGCAUAUGAAGAGGAGCUACUGUAUCUGUAUUUUACUUAUGUAUCUCAGCACAUGACUCGCCCUGUUCCCAGUGCCACGACCACCACAAAGACCCAGUUUCUCUGCCCAGAGAGGUGGAAGGCUUUCCCCCACAAAGGCCUACCUGCAUGACCCAUUCCGCCCCACUGUCUGUUAUUCAAGGCACGGCCUGUCUGUGCCUCUUUGGGUGCAGUGUUGUUAUUUGAGUUCCCUAAAAGCAGUUCCAGCCAGCCAGUUUGGUGUCGUGGCUGAAGAGCAUUGUUUUAGUACAUGGUUUUGUACCUUGUGUGUGCGUUUCACAUAAUGUAUAACAUCCAUUUAAUAGUGCAUUUUAUCUUACAUUAUGUUUAAAACUUUAACUUGCUUUUUGCCCUUUAAAGAGCACAGCAUUCCCCCACCCCAUUUUCCUUUGGUUUUCUUUUGCCCUGAGGCAGCAGCCGAUUAGAUACCUGACUUCUUUGAAUAAACAAACCAUAAAUUAGCUUAGGACCAGGCAGAGAAGGUGCCAAGAGAGAGACCCUGGAUUUCAAAGAGGAACAAAGAGACAAGAAAGGACCGACAUGGGGUGUUUCCUUGGUAACAAGAAGAAGAAAGAUGAACUCAUUCUCACCUCCUUAGGACCUACCUUUACUCCCCCCCAGACCAUCCCAAAAAUCCCUUGUAUGGGCAGGAGAGGAUGCACGAUCUGAUUUGAAUUUUUUUACACCUGUACCUUUCUAUAAAACCUCUGAUGUUUGCUUUGCAAGGUGUGGUUUCUUUCAACAUUCCUUGCCACGAUGUUGAUUGA